AUGGUUAAUAAAGAUUGGACCAAGGUAUCACCAGCUUUAUCUGAGCCGGUGUUGAACUGCAUCAAAAAACAGAAUUUCCAGUUUAUGACACCUAUACAAGCAGCGGUAAUACCGUUGAUUUUGUCUUGCAAGGAUGUGGUAGCAGAAGCGGUCACAGGGUCUGGUAAGACUCUUGCCUUCGUGGUCCCAAUGUUAGAAAUGUUAAUUAAGAAGCAAAAAGAGGCACCGCUACGGAAAGACUUUGUCUAUGCUGUCAUUAUAUCACCGACCAGGGAAUUGGCGACGCAGAUUUGUACGGUCAUUGAACUAUUUCUUCAAGAGCCAGAACUGUCUCACAUAACAACUGGUCUCCUUGUAGGUGGUCGGCCAGUGGAGGUAGAUGUAGAGACUAUGCAGAAGGGAGCACACAUUGCAGUAUGUACCCCUGGCAGGCUUGAGGACUUGCUAGGUGAGCGGAAGCAAUUGAAUCUUGCAGGCCGACUUAAAGAAUUGGAAAUUUUAGUUCUUGAUGAGGCUGACCGCCUUCUGGAUUUAGGAUUCAGUACGACCCUGACAACCAUUCUGCAAUACCUACCAAGGCAGCGCCGCACAGGGCUCUUCUCAGCUACACAGACAAAAGAACUGCAGGAUUUAGUCAGAGCUGGCUUAAGAAACCCAAUAGUGGUCAGCGUUAAAGAGAAAUCAACCAUCAGUACUCCAAUACUGUUAGAGAAUUACUACGUCAUUGUGGAACCACAGGACAAAUUCUUAUUUCUAUUGAAUUUUAUAAGAAAUAGAAAAAUAGCAAAAGGGUUGUUCUUUCUACCGACCUGCGCGUGCGUCGACUAUUGGGCGGACGUGUUACCGGUAUUCUUGCCUGAUAUAAAAAUAUUUGCUAUUCAUGGGAAAAUGAAAUUGAAGAGGUCUAAAGUUUUGGAGAAGUUUCGCGCUACUGACAACACAAUUUUGUUGUGUACUGAUUUAAUGUCAAGUGGGAGCCGCCGGCGAGCCCCGCGGCGCUGGUGCACCGCGUGGGGCGCGCGGCCAGGGGGGGGGGCGCGGGGCUGCUCGCUGCUGCCGCUGCUGCCCACCGAGGACACCUACGUGCCCUUCAUCAGGACCAACCAGCUCGUCGAGCUCAAGGAUUGGCGGCACUCCAAAGAUGAGAUCAAGAUCAGUCCCAAGUUAAAAGAGAAGGUACUUGCAAUGCUUCACGAACAACAAAAGAAAGACAGGUCCAUAUUAGAUAAGGGUCAACGCGCAUUCGUAUCCCAUAUGCGGGCGUACACCAAACACGAGUGUAACUUGCUGUUACAGUUCAAAGAACUUCCUCUAGGUCAUAUAGCCACCAGCUAUGGUCUCCUAAAACUGCCCUUAAUGCCGGAAAUAAAACAACAACAUAAAGACCAGUUUGUAGGGCCCGGAGAAGAGAUAGACUUCAAUAGUAUACCGUAUCAGGAUAAGCAGAAAGAGAAGAGUAGAUUGCAGAAAUUGGAGGAGUAUAAGAAGACUGGGGUUUGGCCUUCAAAGAAGAAAAAGAAAAUGAUGCAAACGCAGUCAUGGGAGCAGGCUAAACAGAACAAAGAAGAUCGUAAAUUAAAAAGGAAGAAACGAAAAGAAUGGAAAGCGCAGAAUAGCACAGAAGGAGGUAAGAAGAAGAAACGGAAAGCCGUUACACAAGAAGAGUUGAACGAGUUAGCUGCCGAUAUAGCGCUUAUGAAGAAAUUAAAAAAGAGGAAAAUUACUGAGGACCAGUUUGAUAAGGAGUUUGAAACGUAA